AUAAUAAAAUAUACAUGAGUAAUAAAUUUGACGAUGUUUCAACGAGUUUACUGUAGAGUGUGCUAAUGCAUCAAUAAAAAUAAAUUAUCUUAUCAUUAAUUCAUUUUAGAAGUGUCAUUAAUAAAUUAAUAUCAUUUAUUGCUAAAAAAAAAAAAAAACAUGGCAACACGAUUAACAUCUUUGCCUUUAGUAUCUAAAAUCACAAAUAAGAUUAUUCGGAUUCUUGGAUGUAAUCCUGGUCCUAUGACUCUUCAAGGCACAAAUACAUAUCUUAUUGGUUCAGGAACAAGGCGUGCAUUAAUUGACACAGGAGAUGCAGAAACAUCAGCUGAGUAUAUCAAAUUAUUAAAAAAUGUACUCACAGAAGAAAAUGCAACAAUAGAGCAUGUAAUAGUUACACAUUGGCAUCAUGAUCACAUUGGUGGUGUAAAUUCUGUUAAAGAAUUAUUAACAACAUCAAAUUCUAAUGGUGAUCCACCAACAAUAUGGAAACUACCUACGUAUGAAAAUCAUCAAGAAAUAUCAGAUCUUACUAAGCAAUGUAACUCUUUAAAAGAUGAACAAAUAAUUGAAGUAGAAGGAGCAAAAAUACAAGUAAAACAUACACCUGGUCAUACAACAGAUCAUGCAUGUUUAUUAUUAAAAGAUGAACAAAGUUUAUUUAGCGGUGAUUGCAUCUUGGGCGAAGGUACUGCUGUAUUUGAAGAUUUGUAUGAUUAUAUGAUUUCUUUGGACAAAAUUUUGAAUAUGAAACCAUCUGUAAUUUAUCCUGGUCAUGGCCCUGUAAUAGAAGAUCCUGUUCCACGAAUUCAAUAUUAUAUUCAACAUCGACAACAAAGAGAGAAACAAAUUUUAAAUGCUUUAAAAGAAAAUAGCAAUUCUAGCUUUAUGUCAGAAAUGGAUAUUGUAGAAAUUAUAUAUAAGGAUACUCCAAAGAAUCUAUGGCCUGCAGCAGCUCAUAAUGUGAUGCAUCAUUUACAAAAAUUACUUAAAGAAACAAAAGUAAUAGGCAAAGAGGGUGAAUGGAAAAUCUCAGAAAACAUAGUUUGAUACAUAAUAACACAAGCAUUUAAUCAUAAAUAUUGUAAAUAAUGUAUUACCUAUAAUAUAAAAUUUGUAUAUAUUAAGAAGA